AUGGGUGUAGGUGAGAGUGUUUAUUACCACUGUACUAGCAGGGAAGGUGGUUAUGCUAUGCAUACACACAGUUCACCGACAGCCACACCUGCAGACACCAUGUGGCCCCCCUUCAGUUGCCACUCCCCUGAUUUCUCUCAUCUUUUGCCCUAUAUAGUUUAUCCAUUGACACACGCUUGGUAUACUGCUCUUGGCCCCAGCACCCCUGCUCUCCAGUCAGUGUAUGCCGCCUUCUAUCAUGGUGACGUGGUGACUGAGAAUCUCCACUCCAGGAAAAUGGUACAGCCAAAGAAGUUUCGUGGAGUUCGGCAGCGCCACUGGGGUUCCUGGGUCUCCGAGAUCAGGCAUCCCCUCCUUAAGAGGAGGGUCUGGCUGGGCACCUUCGAGACUGCUGAGGAGGCAGCAAGAGCAUAUGACGAGGCUGCUGUGCUGAUGAGCGGCCGCAACGCCAAGACCAACUUCCCAGUCCAAAGGAGCAGCACAGGGGAGCCUACCCCAGCUGCGGGAAGGGACGCUCGCAGCAACGCCGGCAGCGGCUCCUCUACCGCCAACCUGUCCCAGAUUCUCAGUGCAAAGCUCCGCAAAUGCUGCAAGGCGCCAUCGCCAUCCCUGACCUGUCUCCGCCUUGACCCUGAGAAGUCCCACAUUGGUGUUUGGCAGAAGCGCGCAGGAGCCCGUGGUGACUCCAACUGGGUCAUGACCGUGGAGCUCAACAAAGGUGCAUCCACUGAUGCUGCAUCACAGUCCACAUCAGCAACAACUGCUCCACCAGCCACCCCGAUGGAUGACGAGGAGAGGAUCGCCCUGCAAAUGAUCGAAGAGUUGCUGAGCAGCAGCAGCCCAGCUUCACCCUCGCAUGGAGAUGACCAAGGUCGCUUCAUCAUCUGA